UCAGCAAGUUAACUUGCGGUAUCUUAAUGUGGAUCUUGUUUAUAUCCCUCGACGGAUUCUUUACUAUAUUCCCUCGUCGAUAUCAUUGCUUUGGAAUCUGCAAAUAUUAACAAUUUAUGUACCAAAUCAAUCAAAAGUAAUUGCACCUUAUGGGAUUUGGGAGAUGGUACAGCUUAGGCACAUUGAGGUCGACAUGAUGUGUCUCAUUGAUCCUCUUCCUGUGGAUGAAGCAAAUCGCAUGGUUAUGAAAAAUCUAUACAUACUUUUGAAAGUGGAGAAUUUAAGGCUUAGUGAAGAGGUUUGCAAGAGAAUCCCCAAUGUGAGAGAACUAGAGUUAUCCUAUUGUGGUGAAGUAAGUUGGUAUUACUGUCCCCGCAAUCUUGUCUGCUUCCAUCAGCUGCAAAACCUAUUAUUGAAGUUCGAAGGCAAUUCCAAGUGGCGUGAGUUCGCUACGAGCCUCACUUUCCCAAGUUCUCUUCGGGUGCUGCGUUUAAGUGGUUGUGGUGUUGAUUGGGAAGAGUUAAAUAUGAUGGUUGGAUCGUUGCCCCAUCUUGAAAACCUUACAUUGCUACAAAAUUCAGUCAUUGGAUCUGUCUGGACCCCUGUUGAGGGAAAAUUCUGUCACUUGAAAGCCUUGUAUAUUUAUGGUUGUGGUGAUUUAGUUUGUUGGAAUGCUGACAAUUCCCAUUUUCCAGUUCUCGAACAACUUUAUCUAGAAGAUCUGUGUAAAUUGAUUGAGCUCCCUUCAGGCAUAGGAGAAAUAGCAACGCUCAAACAUAUUUAUUUGAGAUUUUGCAGCGCAUCUUCGAGCAUUUCUGCAAUGAGAACAUUGGUAGAGCAAGAGGAGCUUGGUAAUGAGAGCCUUCGACUUACUGUAAGUUUUCGGGGUAACAAGGAAGCAGUGGAGAGCUUCAAGAACGAGGUUCGAGGAGAGGGUCUCACCAGCAGUACUAAUAUCUCUCUGCAUUUCAUAAGUUCCAAAUAACUUCCAUUCAUCUCAAGCCGUGACUAGGACCCGUGCUCUUCAAACUGAAGCAAUAUUAUGAUAGCAAA